UCACACCACGAGGCCCCCGGUAAUAUCACACCACGAGGCCCCCGGUAAUAUCACACCACGAGGCCCCCGGUAAUAUCACACCACGAGGUCCACUGGUAAUAUCCCACCACGAGGUCCCCUGGUAAUAUCACACCACGAGGUCCCCCGGUAAUAUCACACCACGAGGCCCCCGGUAAUAUCACACCACGAGGUCCACGGUAAUAUCACACCACGAGGUCCACUGGUAAUAUCCCACCACGAGGUCCCCUGGUAAUAUCACACCACGAGGUCCCCCGGUAAUAUCACACCACGAGGCCCCCCGGUAAUAUCACACCACGAGGCCCCCCGGUAAUAUCACACCACGAGGCCCCCCGGUAAUAUCACACCACGAGGCCCCCCGGUAAUUCCCAGCCCUAGUCACGAUUGGGUCAAUAUACUUCUUCCUCUUUACUGUAAUUUCUACUCUGUUCACAUGAAGAACAGCUGACAUUCAGCCUAUUUGUGCCCUCGAUAUCAUCUGGAGUGCUUGAUUUCCUUACAAACAUGAAUACACAUGCUGAAAAUUAUUCAUCCUGUUGAUCAAAUAAAUUCAUAUUUACAAAUUUCGAAGAGACGCUUGCACCCACACACACACACACACACUCAGAAUAAAUGUAGGAGGGGUUUGCUUGCGGUGCAGGAAAUGAUAAGUGUGUGUCUGGGUACUGGCUGUGGCAGAAGCUGCACACUUCUGCCUAGUCGGCCGUAGCUGACGCAAAGAAAAGAGACAUAUAUCUAAUACUUGUUGAGUUUCAUUCUCUGGCUGACCUGACACAUGGCUCUGGAGUCACACAGGGGACCAACGUCCCUCCUGAAACACCACUGACGACUGAGAGUUAAGAGCGCUUCCAUCUGAUUUACACUUCCUGUUACUAACCAUCAUGUCGUGGUCGGAGGGUGUGAACUCCACUGUGAACCUGGACUCCAACACCUCCUCCUCCCUGGUCUGCACCAACCUGUACGACCACCGCCCCGUCGCCCGCGUCCUCAUGUCUCUCCACUACAGCCUGGUCUUCACGCUCGGCCUCCUAGGUAACGCCCUGGCACUGCACGUCAUCAGACCCAACCUGGCCCAGAUCAACUCUACCACGCUCUACUCUGCCAACCUGGCCGCCUCCGACGUCCUCUUCACUCUGGCCCUGCCUCUGAGGAUUGCCUACUACGCCCUAGGUUUCCACUGGCCCCUGGGGGAGACCCUGUGUCGCGUCACCGCCCUUCUGUUCUACGUCAACACCUACGCAGGGGUCAAUUUCAUGACCUGCCUAGCCGUAGACCGCUUCGUAGCCGUGGUUCUCCCUCUGCGUUACACCAGGCUCUGCCGGGCCCGGACCAUCCGCUACGUCUGCGUAGGGGUGUGGGUUCUAGUCCUGGUCCAGACGUUACCCCUCCUCUCCGUGACCAUGACCCGGGCCGAGCCGGACGGAACCACCACCUGCAUGGAGUACCCCAACUUUGAGAACGGGGCCGUGGAGGGACUCCCCUACGUCCUCAUUGGAGCCGUCGUCAUGGGAUACGGCGUUCCCGUUGCAACCAUCCUGUGUUGCUACUUGGUGUUGCUUUGGAAGCUGCGGUUGGUGACGAGAAGUAGGGUCGGUGGGCGAGGUCACAGGUCAUUGAGGAGCCAGAAGGCGACGGGGGUGAUAGCAGGGGUAGUGUUGGUGUUUGUAGUGUGUUUCAGUCCCUAUCACAUCAACAUCCUGCAGUAUAUGAUCCGAAAGCUGAGAUACACACCAGACUGUACCGAGCUACAGGCCUUUCAGAUGUCUCUACACUUCACUGUGUGUCUCAUGAACUUCAACUGCUGCCUGGACCCCUUUGUCUACUUCUUUGCCUGUAAGGGUUACAAGAGGAGGGUGAUGAAGAUGUUGAGGGUUCAGGUCAGCGCCUCUUUCUCCAGCGUGGUCCGAACCGGGGAGGACACCCCCUUCAAACGGGGGGGGACCCGGGACGGGAGGAGCAGGCUGGGUAGCCACACAGCUUGUCCUGUUGCUUUAGAUAAUCUUACAAAGACCAUUCCUGGGCCAGAGACCGAGACAGGAGUCACAUCCAACCAACUACCCCUGAGACAGGAGUCACAUCCAACCAACUACCCCUGAGACAGGAGUCACAUCCAACCAACUACCCCUGAGACAGGAGCCACAACUAACCAACUACCCCUGAGACAGGAGCCACAUCCCACCAACUAACCCUGAGACAGGAGCCACAUCCCACCAACUAACCCUGAGAGAGGAGCCACAUCCCACCAACUACCCCUGAGACAGGAGCCACAUCCAACCAACUACCCCUGAGACAGGAGCUACAUCCAACCAACUACCCCUGAGACAGGAGCCACAUCCCACCAACCAACUACCCCUGAGACAGGAGCCACAUCCCACCAACCAACUACCCCUGAGACAGGAGCCACAUCCCACCAACCAACUACCCCUGAGACAGGAGCCACAUCCCACCAACCAACUACCCCUGAGACAGGAGCCACAUCCCACCAACCAACUACCCCUGAGACAGGAGCCACAUCCCACCAACCAACUACCCCUGAGACAGGAGCCACAUCCCACCAACCAACUACCCCUGAGACAGGAGCCACAUCCCACCGACCAACUACCCCUGAGACAGGAGCCACAUCCCACCAACCAACUACCCCUGAGACAGGAGCCACAUCCAACCAACUACCCCUGAGACAGGAGCCACAUCCCACCAACCAACUACCCCUGAGCCAGGAGCCACAUCCAACCAACUACCCCUGAGCCAGGAGCCACAUCCAACCAACUACCCCUGAGACAGGAGCCACAUCCAACCAACUACCCCUGAGACAGGAGCCACAUCCCACCAACCAACUACCCCUGAGACAGGAGCCACAUCCAACCAACUACCCCUGAGACAGGAGUCACAUCCGGCUGAGUAGCCCUGAGACAGGAGCCACAUCCAACCAACUACCCCUGAGACAGGAGCCACAUCCAACCAACUACCCCUGAGACAGGAGCCACAUCCAACCAACUACCCCUGAGACAGGAGCCACAUCCAACCAACUACCCCUGAGACAGGAGCCACAUCCCACCAACCAACUACCCCUGAGACAGGAGCCACAUCCCACCAACCAACUACCCCUGAGACAGGAGCCACAUCCAACCAACUACCCCUGAGCCUGUCCUGGUCCUUGAGAUGACCACUACUAGGCCAUAGAGACACAGAACCACUAGUCUAGACACACUUAUUUGUCCUGGGUUGUAUUGAAACCAAACGGAAGAAAAAGGAACUGAAACAGAAAGGGACUACCUGAACUUGUCCAAUAAGAAAUGCUUGUUUUAAUAUUAUUUAUUUGCUCACUCUGCUAUUUCAAAACGAAUGUGAAAAAGAUGGAAAUCAAGGUCCCAUAAACACAAGAAAACAGCAGCGCCUUUACAAGGUUCCAGAACUAAACAGCGCCUUUACAAGGUUCCAGAACUAAACAGCGCCUUUACAAGGUUCCAGAACUAAACAGCGCCUUUACAAGGUUCCAGAACUAAACAGCGCCUUUACAAGGUUCCAGAACUAAACAGCGCCUUUACAAGGUUCCAGAACUAAACAGCGCCUUUACAAGGUUCCAGAACUAAACAGCGCCUUUACAAGGUUCCAGAACUAAACAGCGCCUUUACAAGGUUCCAGAACUAAACAGCGCCUUUACAAGGUUCCAGAACUAAACCUUGUUUACAGAACAGGAUGUCGUAUGCAGAGAUAAAAUCCUUUACUGAUUCAUCUCCAACAUUUCCGUCACAUCGAUCUUUGUACAGAUAUUUAUGCUUUUCAUAAUUAAAAAUGGUUUCACUUUCCAAUACUUACUUUUUAACUGCUGUUUGAAGUGGAAUUAAAACCAUUCUAUUUCAC